AUGGCGACACCCACCAGCCAGCCCGGCCUCGGCACCUCGCCGUCGUCCGCCCCUCCUCCUCCUCCUCCCUUGGGCCUUGGUGUCGCCGGCGUCGACUCGCUCCUCAGCCCUCCACCGCCUCAAGGCCAAUACCACGACGACCUCAAGGCCCAGGUCACGUCCCCACUCGAGCUCACCCACUUUGUCGACAACCUCCUCAACGACCUCGAGUCGCGCUUCGACUCGCUCUCCCAGGACGUCCUCUCGCGCCUGUCGUCCCUCUCGACCCGCGUCGACUCGCUCGAGAACUCGCUCGCCGACCUCAUGGAGGGCACCUCGCUCCCGACCGCGACGUCAACAGCGGGCGCGCCCAAUGCGGGCAACCAGGUCAACGGCAAGGUGGGAGUCUAGUGCGAGGGGACGGGGCCGUGUGCAUGUUGUACUCUGUAAUGCAGGCAGUCAAGCAGUC